AUGGCUUCCGACGUCCCCAUGACCGACGCAACUGUGCAGACUAUUGAUGCGACCCCGCAAGCCGACCAACAUAUAAGCCACGACGGCAAAGAAUACACCACCAUCAAGGAAGGCCUCGCGCAUAUUCUCGUCCCCCAUGACAUCCCCACGUCCACCGACCCAAGGCUAUCCAAGGAGGAACAUGCAAAGCAACAAGUCUUCUACAACCCCAUUCAGCAGUUCAAUCGCGAUUUGACUGUACUUGCGAUCAAGACGUUCGGCCUGGACUCAAUACAACGGAAACUGAAGAAGCACGAGCAAUUCAAACAGAAGAGGGAACGCACGCGACAGCGGAUACAAGCGGAACGGGCGGCGGGAGAUACUACGAAUCGUGGGAAUGGUGAGACUGAGGCUCCUACCACAGAUGAAAGUCUGUCCAAAAAGAGGAAGCAUGUAGAGGCUAAUGGUGAAGAAGGUGCGGUCCACCCAAAGAGGCAGAAGACAUUAGAUAAAUAUGGUGCCGCCGAGCAAGAAGAAGAAGAAGGUGAAAAUGAUCAGGACGACGCUACUGGUGCGAAUGGAGGACGAACGCCUUGGAGACCUUCCUUCCGUAUCCUCGAUGCCCUAUCCGCGACCGGUCUCCGUGCCCUACGUUUCGCGAAAGAGGUCCCAUUUGCAACCGCCGUUACAGCAAACGAUAUGUCACAGAAUGCUGUCGACUCCAUAAAGCUCAACGUAAAGCACAAUAAACUCGAGGAGACAGUAACAGCAAACACUGGUAAUGCGAUAGCCUACAUGUACAGCUAUUGCGACAAGAAAGGCUACGAUGUCAUUGACCUUGACCCAUACGGCACUGCCGCUCCCUUCAUCGACGCGGCCAUACAAGCCAUCAACGACGACGGAUUACUCUGUGUAACGUGCACCGACUCCGCCAUCUUCGCGUCACACGGCUACCUCGAGAAGACCUACUCGCAGUACGGUGGACUGCCAUUCAAGGGCGAGCCCUGCCACGAAGGCGGGUUACGCCUGGUUCUACACGCCAUCGCAACUUCGGCCGGUCGAUACGGCAUGGCUAUCGAGCCACUACUGUCUCUCUCCAUCGACUACUAUAUACGAGUAUUCGUACGAGUGCGCAAAGCGCCCACCGACGUCAAGCUUCUCGCCGGCAAAACCAUGCUUGUCUACCAUUGCGAAAGCGGCUGCGGUGCGUGGACUACCCAAUUCCUUGCUCGGAACAAAGUCCUGAAGAAUAAGAACGGUGAUCCAAUGUACAAGCACGGCUUUGCACAAGGGCCCUCCGCGGACCAACACUGCGAGCACUGCGGCCACAAGACCCACCUGUCAGGACCAAUGUACGGCGGGCCGUUGCAUAAUGUCGGUUUUAUCGAAAGAGUACUAGCGCAGCUAAACGAAGUCGACAAGCAGACAUACGCGACAACGGAUCGCAUCGAAGGAAUGUUGCAUACAGCAUUGGAGGAAAUUACAUUUGGCACCAAGCUGGACAAGUCAAAUGGAGGAAAGACUCAAGUGCUAGAUCCCCUCAUUCCGAAGUCCGAUCCUGCAGAGGUGGACCACCACCCCUUCUUUAUCAUUCCAAGUUCGGUAGCGAAGAUAGUUCACUGUUCAGCGCCGCCGUUGGCGGCCAUGCGUGGUGCGCUACGACAUGCGGGGUUUAGGGUGACGAUGAGCCAUUGCAAACCUGGCUCCAUCAAGACCGACGCAUCGUGGAAGGACAUUUGGCACAUUAUGCUCGAAUGGGUGCGGCAAAGAGCGCCGCUGAAGAAUCUGCCCAAAGCAGGAAGCCCAGGCGCCGCCAUUCUUGCAAAGUCCAACGCAACAGGGUACACAAAAACGUCAACUGCCGACAUAGCACCUGCUCAAGUACCGGCCGAUCCGGCGCCUGAAGCGCAAAGCAAUGGAGAAAACAGCGGCGAUGGUUCGGCGACGACAUCCGCAAAAGAUCUGCCAGCUUACCUCAACACCAAGUUCGAGGUCAACUUUGACGAGAAGCUCGGCAAGGAUCACGACAGGGGCAAAUACGUCCGCUACCAGCUUGCGCCCAGGGAGAAUUGGGGUCCGAUGUCGCGCGCGAAAUAA